CGUCAUGAUGAAAAUUGGAGGAAGGGAAGGAGGAAGGAGAAGGAGGACAAAAACAAAAAGAAAACAAAAAUGAUCUAAAGUGUUCGGCGACUUGAUGUUUUUUCGAAUCAUGUGAAAUUUCCUGAAGUUUUCAGAAAUCAGUGCUCUUCUAUUCUUCAAUUUCUCAUUAAACCCGUUGUGAUAUCGAUUUUAGAAUUGGAAGAGGAAGAUGGGUUCCUCCAUGGAGAACUCUAAAGUGCUCAGUUAUCUAUCAAAAUAUCAAAACAAAGAUCGAACAAGGAAGGAUAUUAUGCAAGCGCUACAAGCAUACCAUGGAUUAGCUUGCAGUGGUGGCCUUUACAGCCCUGGCCUUACAGAAAUUAAGAAGUCAGUGCAUGGGAGUACGCAUAUGGAACGAUCCUAUCAUCGAUUUCGAGAAAAGUUGCGUCUUGCGUUUGAUAAUGGUAUGCAGAAGUCUUUAGUCAGUAUGAUUGGUACAAUACCAGUUUAUAUUUUAGAUGUCUGUUAUCAUUUUCCAAUUUGUAUCUGGCUCAUGGACACACAUCCUAAACAUGCUCCUAUCGUUUAUGUUAAACCAACGGAGAACAUGGUGAUCAAACCAUCGAUGUAUGUAGAUUUUAAUGGAAAAGUGUACCUUCCUUAUCUUCAUGAAUGGAAUGCGGCAACAUCUGAUAUCGUUUCUUUAAUUCAAGUGAUGUGUGCUGCCUUUGGAGAAGUGCCUCCCUUGUAUACCAAACCGAAAGAUAAACAAAAUAGCUCUCCUUAUCCUGUACAACCAAAAGGUUACAUGCCCAUGCCUGGUGGGAGCGGGGGAGCUCCGAUGCCUCCGUACCCAACAACUGGAGCAGCGCCUUACCCUGUACAGUCCGAGUCUCAGCAGAGUUCAUUUUACCCUCCGUACCCUACGCAGCCGAUGUCUGGCUACAACAUGCCACCAUACCCACCAACCUCUAGUUACUCAGCCACUCCGUACCCAGUGCAACAGCCCACACCAUACCCACCUCAACCACAGCCUUCUUAUCCGGCAACAACUCAACCAUCAAACACCGGAACCAUUACUGAAGAGCAUGUACGUGCCUCACUGCUCACGGCUGUUGAAGAUAAACUGCGGCGUAAACUGAAAGAUGUUGUGCAGCAAAGUCAAGCUGAGCUAGAAAUCCUUCAGCAGUCUCAGACAGAAUUGAAACAAGGAGAGGCAAAACUGAAUCAAAUUCUAGCAAAACUAGAAAAGGAUAAGUUGGAACUAGAUCGUAGUAUGGUAAUGAUCAAAGAAAAAGAACUGGAAUUAGAAAAAGUAAUAAGUCGUCUGGCAGAGCAAGAUUCUUUAGACGUCGAUGAAGCUGUGAUUCCGACUGCUCCUCUGUAUAAACAAAUUUUGAAUGCCUUCGCAGAAGAGGCAUCCACAGAAGAUGCGAUCUACUACAUGGGAGAGGCGCUAAGGCACGGUGUGAUAGACUUGGAUGUCUUUUUGAAACAAGUGCGCUCGCUUUCACGAAAGCAGUUCAUGUUCCGUGCUCUGAUUCAAAAGUGUAGACAAAAAGCUGGUCUGGCUGGCUAGUCCCUCUCUCUAAGUCCACAAGCGUUUUUUUAUUCAUUGCUCAGAUGAAUUGAUUGUGAUACAAAUCACAGCAUAGAAACCUACUUACCAAGCUAAUUUACGCAGAUCUGGUCGAUUCGAGGACUCAGAUUGUAAUAUCAUUGGAGGAAUUUAUCAUUAACGAAAAACCCUGGUCGUUGGAAUGUUCGACAAGCGACCUCGAUGAUGUGCAUAUGUUCCUUGCCACGGUGGUCUUCCCUUUUAUUUAUAGGCCUGUAUACUCGUUGAAGAAGAAAAUUUUUAGCAACCGUUUAAGCAGUUCUAAGCUUUGAGGCUAAGUCUGCAACCUUUUUGUUUUACCUUGUUUCAAUAUUCCAAAAGCAGCCAGCAUAAAAUGCGGCAGAUCGCUUGCUCUAAACCUAUUUAAUCAAUUGUACCCAUAAGACUGCUUUAAUUAUUUUUUGCAAUAAUUUUAAUCCAUUUGUUUUGAAAAUCUUAUUUUUUACCUCUGCGCAACUAGGUUUCUUCAAGAAAUCAUGACAAACGGAAUGAUUAGGUCAUGUGCGUUUGCAUGAUCUAGUGUGAAGAGCCUGUAAGAGACUUUGAAGACUAUUCCAGUAUUGCUACAACUGUUUAGAUUAGUCCAAGGUGAAAUUAAGAUACUAAAGACAUCCUUUCGUGAACUCUUCAUUCAAUUUUCUAUUUUUUCUGAGUUAAAGUCAUGCCCAACAAAGUCAGCUACAAACUUUAAUGUUGAUAACUAAAAGUCAGGUGUUCAGCCAAAUCGAUGAAAAUGCUAAAUAUUAAUCGUGUCAAAAAAGAGCUAUAUUGCGCCAUAAUUGUUGCAGUUUCCUUGAGAACUCUGAAAGGGAAACCAAGAGAUUUGGUGCCUCCUAAAUUGCGUUAUUAUUUGAAAUGAUGUUUUUGUACAACUUCCUGAGAGUGGUGAGCUUUAAAAAUCGAACUUCCUAUCUGUCAAUUUUGAGAAAAGUGGAGCUGAUUAAAAGUAUUUUCAGCAAUUUUAUGCGCAUUAUUUGGCAUCAAUGGUGAUUGCAUUUAGUUCCUUUUUCUUCACUGGGCGUCAACUGCAUUGUGUCAACUACCUCAGAAUAAAGGCUCUGCUUAUUUGACACAGUAGCAGUGACGUGUCUUUGUAAGAAAAAUUCAUUUUUCAGCUCUGUUCUAUCUCAAAUUUGAAUGUUUCACACAAAUUUAAUUUUAAAAGGCCCAUCAAGCUCAUGAGGUCGUAAAGAAUAUCAUCAAAUGUUAACGAAAUUUAUCGGUAUCAGAAUCCCUCAGUUCUCCGUGCUGCGCCCUCAAGUUGUAUAAGUUUUUCGUACAGAAGUUUUCAACAUGCCUCUGUAAUUAUUAAUUGGAUCUAUUUAUUUUUUGCAAAAUGGGUAUGAUAGAUACAGUAUCUUGAUUUAGCCUGAGGACUCAUCUUUAUGCAUUCCGUCACUGUGACUGCCUGAUUUUAAGCCAACUCACUUACCGUACCAAAUUGUGAUAAAAAGCGUUGUUGUUUAAAAAGAAAGGAAUGUUAGUCUUAUGAUUCAAUUCAGACCGCGUUGUAAUGGGUUGGUUUGGUAAAAUUGUUGAUGUAAAACCAUGGGCUCUUAAACUUCCCAUAUAGGAAGAAUCUAACUGGAUCGAAGGAGUAAUACGGAAGAGAUUUAUGAUGCAAGUGAGAAAUCGCUCACUCCUGCAGAAUCUAACUGGAUCGAAGGAGUAGUACGGAAGAGAUUUAUGAUGCAAGUGAGAAAUCGCUCACUCCUACAGAAUCCAACUGGAUCGAAGGAGUAAUACGGAAGAGAUUUAUGAUGCAAGUGAGAAAUCGCUCACUCCUACACCGAUCUAGAAAUAUUUGAUACCAAAUGCGCCUAAAGUAUUGUGUCAAUUGUAAUGUUCCUCUUUGUACGACAUUAGUUUUAUCCUUAUUUUAGUUAGGAACCAAAAUAUUUCGGCUUCUGAAGUUCAAAAUUUAAAGGAUGUCAUUCAACUUUUUGAAGAAAUUAAGUAUUUUUCAAUGACUUCUUGUCUAAUGAAUUUAUGAAUCUACAAUGUCCCUCAAAAAUCAGCAAUUUGAUUAUCGAACAAAUAUUUAUCUACAUAACUAUGAUACAUUUGCAUCAUGGAAAAGCAGCAAAAGUAUUUUACCGUCAGCUUCUGAAUGAUUAUAGGAUCUUUGAAGGUCACCAAUAAAUUGCAAGUCUAAUCAGGACCGUUUCAUAUUGUAUAAAUUUUCCAGGAAAUGUAUCAAAUGUGCUCAGCUAUCAGGAUUGUACAUAGACGUUUGUUGAAUUUGUAUAUACAUAUUUUCUAAUUUUUUGUUAGUAUUUUGUGUUUAAUGAAGUUAAAAUUACGAUGUUUAGAUUAUUAUUUUUACGUAAUAUUAAAUCAAUAAAGUUUAUCAUAAUAUUCGUA